AACGAGAUGCGUGAGGUGGACUUCGAUGAGCAUACUCACAUGCUCCUGGUCAAUCAAAAUGGACGCCUUCGGGCGCUCGGCGGUAGAUGUCCGCAUCGUGGAGCUCCCCUGCACAAGGGAGUACUUUCCAAUGGCCGCGUGCGAUGUCCCUGGCAUGGCGCUUGCUUCGACCUGGAAACGGGCGACAUAGAGAACUUUCCCGGCCUAGACUCUUUGCCCUGUCACCGGAUGGCCGUUGACAGCAAGGGGCAGGUGCUGGUGCGUGCCAAGCGAUCCCAAUUGAGUAAGACCUCGAGAAUCAAAGAGAUGGCAGUGAGGCAGUGCCGGGAUCAGAGAUGCUUUGUUGUGGUGGGGGGAGGUCCCUCGGGAGCGGUCUGUGUGGAGAAUCUGCGGCAGGAGGGCUUCACCGGUCGCCUAAUCCUUGUCUGCCGCGAGAGAUACCUGCCCUACGACCGAGUAGAAGUCAUGAACUUCCAAGCCAAGAGCAUGGAUCAGUUGUGCUUUCGCGACGAAAAGUUCUACCGGGACCACGACAUAGAGGUACGUCGAGGCGUUUCCGCCAAAAAGCUAGACACUCUACGUAAAGAGCUUCACUGCAGCAAUGGAAAGGUUUUGCAAUAUGACAAGAUCUACCUGGCUACUGGUUACUCUGCCGUAAGGCCAGAUAUACCCGGCGUGGAGCUUGGUAAUGUGAAAACUAUUCGAGACAUUUGCGACGCCAGAAGCAUCUUUAAUAUGGUUAACACUAAAACCCGCGUGGUCUGCUUGGGUUCUAGUUUUAUGGCCGUGGAGGCAGCCGCCCAUCUGGUCUCCAGGGCAGGCAGUGUUACUCUUGUGGCGCGACAAAAUGUCCCAUUCAAAACUCAUCUGGGAGAACAAAUUGGAAGAAGGAUUCUGCAGCUUCUUGAGGAUAAUGGAGUCCAUUUGCGCAUGAAUAGUGACAUUGCCCGCAUCUUGGAAAACCCCCUGGGCCAGGUGAAGAAAGUAGAGCUGGUGGACAGGUCCCGGAUACCGUGCGACCUGCUUAUUCUGGGCACUGGAUGCCAGUGCAACACGGAAUUUCUGAUUGACUCUGGCGUAUCAGUCAAUCCUAAUGGCUCUGUGAACGUCAACGAUUUUCUGGAGACAAAUGUAAGGCAUGUGUAUGCCGGUGGCGAUAUCGCCAACGCUUAUAUCCUGGGUGGGUAUAAGGAUCGUGUAAACAUAAGUCACUAUGGCUUGGCCCAAUACCAUGGACGCGUUGCUGCCAUGAAUAUGUGUGGCCACAUCAAAAAGGUGGAAGAGAUACCCUUUUUUUAUACCAUCAUCUUUGGCAAAGCGUUCAGAUCCGCGGGUUAUGGUGAUUACCGGGAGGUCAUUAUCGACGGCAGUCUAGAGGAUCUGCAGUUCGUGGCCUACUUUGUGGACAAUAAGGAUGUGGUGACGGCCGUGGCCUCCUGUGGCCGAGAUUCGGUUGUGGCCAAGUUCGCUGAGCUAAUUUCACAGGGUAAAGGACUAUGGCUGUGCCAAAUCGCUGAUCCCAAAAAACGGAAUAAAUGGUUGUCUUUAAUAACGCCUUAGUACUAAUACUGCUAAGACCUUUAGAAAGUAGUUCAAAUAAUAAUAAUUUAGUUAGUUAAUUGUGAAAUUUUUAUAAUUUGCAAGCGUAAUAAUUAGAUUUUA